CACAUUGCUCGAAAUGCUGUCCAUUGCAGAAAGUUUCGCGAACGUUGCAAAGCGAUUAAACCGAUCCGAACCACCCGCGUACAUAAUAUAAUAUUCGUGAAAAUGAGUUCCAAGUCCCUUUUCGACAGCGAGGAGGAUGCCGCUCAGGCCAACAAGUUCUCCAGGAAAGCCAAGGAAUCGCCCUUCAUGCUUGUGGGUAUUGCCGGAUUCGUGGCCGCCGGAUUGAUUGGAGCGUACAAGUACCGGAACCGCGGAACGAUGAGCACCAGCGUCUUCCUGAUGCAGCUGCGAGUCGCCGCCCAGGGUACCGUCGUCGGAUGCCUGACCCUCGGACUGGGCUACAGCAUGGCCAAGGAGUACCUGUUCGACAAGGCGCCCAAGGAGAAUACAAAGUCAUUGACUAACUAAAUACCAUUUGAUUGCUCGGCGUCCCUCUCUAAAAAUCACAAGAUGACAUCGGCAAUCAGAACCCCUAUUUAUUGCAUCACCAUGGUUCAUACCUUGGGUAGAAUCACUGGAGGGCAGGACUCUCGCAAGUAUUCCCGAGCGUCCAAGCCCACCACGUUAGAUAAUGUUUUGUAAACCUGCGUAAGAUUGUGAUAUUGUGUGUUUUAAUGUACAAGUUGAACAUCCAAACGAAAGCUGUCAAAGCAGACGACAAGAAUGAAUACCUCUCGCAUGAUAUGAUAUACUUAAAUAAAUAAAUUUAGACUAAAUGAAA